GGGACGCGGCUGCCGGGGGCGGGGCGGGAGUCAAUGCCUGGUCCAAGCCCUGCUGCGCUCGCCGUUCAGAGAGGAAUAAUCCAGCUGCAUGGGAGGAAAUGAACGUGGCGGGGAAGCAGCCGCCUCCAGCACCGCUUGAGCGCCCGGCCAGUCUCCUCGUCCCUACCUGGACUAAAACAGGUAUUGCAUUGUUAUAUGAUGAAGGGUCUGAAAAUGCCUAUGACAUCCAAUUGAAGCUUACAAAAGAGGUACUAACAAUUCAAAAGCAAGAUGUCAUCUGCAUUAGUGGAAGUGAUCACAGUACAAAUCACAGAACUGUUACACUUCGUAGACAACCAGUUGGUGGCUUGGGCUUAAGUAUAAAGGGGGGUGCUGAGCACAAAGUCCCUGUCGUCAUAUCAAAAAUAUUUAAAGACCAAGCAGCUGACCAAACAGGAAUGUUAUUUAUAGGAGAUGCACUAAUACAGGUUAAUGGCAUAAAUGUAGAAAGUGCUUCCCAUGAAGAAGUGGUACACCUACUGCGAAAUGCUGGCGAUGAAGUUACCAUCACUGUACAGUACCUCAGGGAAGCUCCAUCAUUUCUAAAGCUCCCAUUAGGUUCCCCUGGACCAUCCAGUGAUCAUAGCAGUGGAGCUUCCUCACCUCUCUUUGACAGUGGUUUACAUUUGAAUGGAAACUCAACUAACACAGCUCCAUCAUCGCCCUCCUCACCCAUAGCUAAUGAACCAAAAUAUGAGAAGCGCUGGCUAGACACCCUAUCAGUUCCUCUAUCGAUGGCUCGAAUCUCAAGAUACAAAGCCGGAACAGAUAAAUUAAGAUCUAAUGCAUUUGAAGUGCUUGCACUCGAUGGAGUUAGUACUGGGAUACUUCAGUUUUAUACAGCGCAGGAGUGUGCUGACUGGCUGAGAGCAUUAUCAACUAACAUCUCUGAUUUGACACUUCAAAAUAUGAAAAUGGCAAAUAAAUGCUGCUCUCUAUCAGACCAGAUUAUUCAUAUGGGCUGGGUGAAUGAAAGAUUCGAGGGAACUGAUUCAUCUCAACUCUACAAAUACAAGUUCCUGGCACUAAAGGGUUCAUCCUUCUACAUUUUCAGCACUCCACCGGUAAGCACACUAGACUGGGUACGAGCUGAAAAAAUCUAUCACCUCUGUGAGGUUCUAUUUAAAGUUCACAAGCUCUGGCUUGCUGAUGAUUGCUGGCUACAAGCAAACUUGUAUUUAGGUAUUCAUCAGGACUAUGAGCUUGAAGACCAGAGGCCAUAUUGUUUCAGUGUCAUGGUUGGACAUGGCAAGAGUCAUUAUUUUAACGUAGAGCUUGGCAGUGAGUUGGCGGCAUGGGAAAAAUCAUUUCAAAGAGCAAUUUUCUUGGAAGUUCAAAGAACAGGGUCUAAAACAUAUAUGUGCAGCUGGCAAGGAGUAACCCUGUGUUUCACAGUUGACUUUGCCUUGGGAUUCACCUGUUUUGAAAGUAAAACAAAGAAUGUGCUCUGGAGGUUUAAAUUCUCUCAGCUCAAGGGGUCUUCAGACGAUGGAAAAACAAGAGUAAAGCUUCUUUUUCAGAAUCUAGACACCAAACAAAUUGAGAUGAAGAAAGCUCUACUUGGCAAUCUUGGGCCUGAUCCUGCAGCCCUUACUCAUGAACUUGAAUUUCAGGAUCUGACAGCGGUUUUACACUGUAUUCACUCCUUUAUAGCAGCAAAGGUGGCAUCACUUGAUCCAGUAUUUAUAGACAGCCAGUGCAUGGCAAGAAAAUACAUGUACAAUAACUGAAAUCCAAUUCUGUGUUGUGAUUAUUGCAAAUAAAUUAUUUUCUUAAAGAAAUUAGUUAUUUCAUGCACAAUAUUGCAAUUCUGUGUGAUUUUAUAAGGAGCCUAUAGUUGUGCUAUCAAUAAAAAUGCUACUAGUUUUCAUA